AUGCGUGUUCGGAUUACAGAAGCAAAGUUUCAUGCCAUGCAGAGGCAUCUGACAGCCACACUCCUGACCUCCAUCCUGGCAGCAGUGCUUGGCUCGCUGCAGAUCGGCUAUCACACCGGUAAUGUCAACGCUCCAGCCAAGAUCAUUGAAGAGUUUUUCAACCACACCUGGAGAGCCAGAAACAACCAGUCAAUGCCAGAUCACAGCCUGACUCUGCUGUGGUCACUCUCUGUCAGUAUCAAAGACUUUGGAGCUUUGCUGGGUUCACUGGGAGUCAAAUUCCUGGCAGAUUCUUAUGGCAGGCGUAACUCCAUCCUGAUAGUAAAUGCUUUGUCUGUGGCUGGAGCAAGUAUUAUGUUUUCCUCCAAGGCCAGCGAGUCAUUUGAGGUUCUCAUCCUAGGACGCUUGGUGUUUGGUCUCUUCUGUGGUUUAGUGAUGAGUCUUAACCCCCUCUACAUCCAGGAAGUAUCUCCCACCAGUCUGAGAGGUGCCUUUGCUACUCUCAACCAGGUGUCCUUCGCCUCUGGCAUCCUGGUGGGAAUGGUGGUUGGUUUGGAAACAGUGUUGGGUACAGAGCGCUACUGGGCCUUGAUGCUGUCCCUGUCUCUCAUCCCAGCCCUGACCCAGUAUCUGGUUCUGCCUUUCUGUCCUGAAAGCCCUCGUUACCUGCUCAUUAACCGGGGAAAGGAAAGCCAAGCAGAAGUUGCCCUGCAGAGGCUGAGACGCAGAGCAGACAAGGUGUUCACUGAGCUGGAAGAGAUGAAAGAGGAGGCAGCACACAGUCAGAGCGGCGUCACUAUCCAUGAUUUCUUCAAGAAACGCAGCUACAGGCAACCAAUCAUUAUUGUCCUGGUCAUCAACUUGGGAAGUCAGCUCUCUGGAUUCAACGCGAUUAUAAAUUAUUCCACCCGAAUGUUCCAAGCCAAGUUUGAUGAGGCCAAGUAUCUGACUCUGGGUGUGGGAGCUGUCAACGUCAUUUUCACCCUGGUAGCGUUCUUCCUGAUGGAGCGGGCAGGCAGGAGGAGGCUGCUGCUGACUGGUUUCAUCUCCAUAGCAGUGUGCAACUUAGUAAUGACUGUAGUCGAUUCUAUCCUGCACCUGGUUCCAGAACUGCGAAGCCUGCAGGUCCUGCUGGUUUUCUGCCUGAUCUCAGCAUACGAGUUAGGCCCCGGCCCCAUCUCCUGGUUCAUUGCAGCUGAGCUGUUUGACCAGCCGGGAAGACCCAUUGCCAUGGCCUUCACCAGCAUGCUCAACUGGGGAGGGAAGUUUGUUCUGGCUCUCCUCUUUCCUCCAUUACUGAAAAUCCUUGGUGCUUACAUCUACCUUCUUUUUAUGGUUGUGGCUCUGAUCGCCUUCAGCUUCACUUGGAUUUGCCUUCCGGAGACAAAAGGCCGGACGUUUGAUGACAUCGCUGAGGAGUUCAGAGGAGCAGAGGGCAUCCCUUUGCACAACAACACCGGAUUCAACACUUUCACCUGAAAUGGGCCUCUCACUCCUGACUAGUUGUCUGGAUCUGGACCAAAAACUGUCAACUAUUAGUAGCAUCCCAGGAAUUUUUAAUCUACUUUCUUUUUCUUUAGAUUUUAAUAUUAAUCAUUUAGUUUUUAACGAUGUAGGUGCACCAACCCAUUAACCUUUCAUGUUCUUUAUUCUGCCUCAUUUAAUGUUUUCAACAAAAAACUUCUGAUUUUCAGAUUGAACUUUAUCAUGUUUAUAUGCUGUAUAUGUUAUAGUUUUUGAGGCAUUUGUUACCAUUGUGUUUAUAUUUUGUGAAGAAUUAGGUAUAAAGAGUCUGGAGUGAGACAGUGGACAUUCAACAGGGACGUAAAUGCAACUCAUUCUGUCU